GUAAACUAUCUACUUAAACUACUUUUUAUUCAGAACGCUGUUAGUUUGGGUUAGUAACCCAAAAGUGGAUUAUCAAAUAAUUUAGGUAGCAGAAAAAUGCAGCCUUCACGUCAGCUGAAAAUAUACCUUUUAAUUUUAUUACUCCAACAAACAAACGGGCAAAAUGUUAGGAGCAUUUGUUCUCCUCCACCAUCUCCAUGUGAUAGUGCAUCAAAGUAUCGUUCUCAUGAUGGCACUUGCAAUAAUUUAGAACAUCCUAAAUGGGGUGCUAGUUAUACAAUAUAUACUCGUCUACUUCCUGCAAACUACGCAGAUGGUAUAAGCGCUCCACCUGUAGCCAAAGAUGGCUCUCCUCUACCACUAGCCAGGCUAGUAUCUUCCACUAUACACCCUACAGCACCUGUAGAAGAUAAGCAACUAACUUUAAACGCAAUGCAAUAUGGACAAAUCCUUACGCAUGAUAUGGGUGUAGCUCUUAAUACAACUCCACCAGACUUCCGCUUAGACCAAUGUUGCUCCACUAGCAGAAAACUACUUGGCCCUAUAACAGGUUCAAAAUACUGUUUUUCAAUAGUAGUACCAAAAGAUGAUCUUGACUUUAUACCCAUUGGUUUUGAGUGUUUCCCAUUCUCAAGAACAACAACUGAUCACGAAUAUGGAUGUGGCCGUGAAAAUGAAUCUGUUCAACAGAUAAAUGGUCACACAAGUUUCCUUGAUUUAUCUAUUAUUUACGGUGCUAACGCAGACGAAGGAGCAUUUCUCCGUGUCCUGAAAAAUGGCCUAUUGAAAUCUGAACAUCGACUGGGUCAAAAAUGGUUACCUAGGAGUACAAAUAUCACUAGAGAUUGUAUACUAGGGGAUCCAAAAGAACCGUGUUAUGAUGGAACAGGUGACGGACGAGUCAACCAAAAUCCUCAACUCGCAAUACUGCAAACAAUACUUCUUAGAGAACACAACCGAAUAGCGGAUAGAUUAGGAGCAAUAAAUCCUCAUUGGGACGAUGAAAGGACAUUCCAAGAAGCAAGAAAAAUCAUCAUUGGGCAGCAUCAAAAAAUAGUUUACUAUGAUCUUCUACCAUUGUUAAUUGGUGAAGAUAAUAUGAAGAAACAUAAACUCAUAUAUACAUCGAAAGGUUACGUAAAUGAUUACGAUCCUACUAUCGAUCCUUCAAUUAUAAACGAACAUGCUGCAGCCGCUUUUAGAUAUUUCCAUACUUUAAUUAAUGGACAACUGAAUAUGUUUAAUGAAAAACGGCUGAACGAGGGCGGAAUCCGUAUUAGCGAUUACAUUGUGAGACCUUUAAUUUUAGAAAAUCGUAGAACAAGUUUCGAUGAUCUGACUAGAGGUCUGGCCACUCAAUCGAUGUUGGCUGCAGAUGAAUAUAUAUCGAGAGAGAUGACAAACAAGUUUGGAACACAACCAGGAGAUUUAGUAGGGCUUGAUUUGAUAGCCAUUUGUAUCCAGAGAAGCAGAGAUCACGGUUUGGCAACGUAUAAUGAUUUAAGGCAAUAUUGUGGCUUGCCAAGAGCAAAUUGUUUUGAGGAUUUACUUGAUGUCAUUAGGAAAGAGAAUAUACAAAAACUAGAAGAGCUCUAUAAGAGUCCAGAUGAUAUCGAUCUGCUCGUAGGAGGGUCCUUGGAAAAGUUGGUGCCUGGAGCUCGAGUUGGGAAAACAUUUUUGUGCAUUAUUACUGAACAGUUCAUUAGGACCAGAAAGGGAGAUCGUUUUUUCUUUGAAAAUUCUGGCGACAUUGGUUUCACUUUGUCACAACUUCGAGAAAUACGAAAAGCUAGUAUCUCAAGAUGGCUUUGUGAUAAUACCAACAUUAAACGGAUACAACCCAAUAGUUUUGUACAAAUAUCAACUGAAAAUGAGCUAGUUGAUUGCAAUGAUUUGCCCUUGGUGAAUCUUAAGUUAUGGAAAGAAUGGUAGAAUAAUGCUGCAUAUUUUAUCCAAUAAAUAAAAUUCGAACUCCAUUUGAUAAAUGUAGUUUUAUUGAGCAAGAAAAAUAUUUUCAUGGCACUAUAUGCAAUUUUGCCCCAAUUUAACUGAACCUGUAUUUCUUACCGUUCCCAAUAUCCCAA